CCUUUUCCACCAUCAACUCAUUUCUUUCAUUCAUCAGCUCCUCAUCAUCCAAAAAUCGAACAUUCUUUCUCUCUCCUCUCGCUUUCUCUCUCCUAAAAAAACCUCACUACUCCAAUAAUCAUCAUCCUCAUCUUUGAAUCACCUCCAUUUCCCUAAGCAGGGUUUUUACUCUCUUGCAUUCACUGCAGUGCUAUUUGGUGUUGUUGGAUGCUGAACUCAAAAUGAGCAGUGGUGAAGUGGAUGUUGGGUCUGUGGAUUCAUCAACUGCAUCUCCGGCCGUAGCUUCGGUGGUACAGCCUACUCCUCCUGCGGAUGUCAGGAUUGAUAAUGCAGCACAUGAUGAUGCGUCGUCCAAGCAAUCCAUCUCCGGCAUAGCAUCAUGGGCGAGGAGCUUGAAAAUUCCACAGCCGUUGGCAGGAGGACAAGUUGACUCGCCAGUUGAGAACUCUCCAAAGUCUGCCUUUUCCCGGUUUACCAGCGGAAUAACAUCUCGUUUAUCUCCGAAAGAGCCGGCUGUAGAAGAAGUCACUGAUACAGAAGCUUCUCAGUCGAAUUUUAUUGGAACCUUCACCAAAGGAUUGGUUGACACAUCGAAAAAUGCUGUAAGAGCUGUGUCUGUCAAAGCUCGGCACGUUGUUUCUCAAAACAAACGAAGAUAUCAGGAAGAUGGAUAUGAUCUGGACAUGACUUAUAUCACUGAGAACAUUAUCGCUAUGGGAUUCCCAGCUGGUGAUAUGAGUUCAGGCUUUUUUGGUUAUGUAGAGGGUUUGUACCGUAAUCAUAUGGAAGAAGUGAUUAGCUUCUUAGAAAGCCAUCAUAAGGGAAAGUACAAGGUUUACAAUCUUUGUUCUGAGAGAUUGUAUGAUGCCUCACUUUUUGAAGGAAAGGUUGCUAGCUGUCCAUUUGAUGAUCACAAUUGCCCACCAAUCCAACUUGUUAAAUCAUUUUGUCAUAGUGCUUACUCAUGGCUGAAGGAGGACAUUGAGAAUGUUGUGGUUGUGCAUUGUAAAGCGGGAAUGGCUCGGACUGGUUUAAUGAUUUCUAGUCUUCUUUUGUUCUUGAAGUUCUUCCCAACUGCUGAGGAGUCGAUUGAUUACUAUAAUCAGAAAAGAUGUGUUGAUGGAAAGGCUCUUGUUCUGCCAAGUCAGAUUAGGUAUGUCAAGUAUUUUGAACGAACAUUAACAUACCUCAAUGGGGAGAUUCAGCCCGGACGUUGGUGCAUGCUUAGGGGGUUUCGACUUCACAGGUGUCCUUAUUGGAUCAGACCCCAUGUAACCGUCUCAGAUCACAAUGGUGUCCUGUUCUCUACAAAGAAACAUCGAAGAACGAAGGAUCUGUCGACGGAGGAUUUUUGGUUUACUGCACCAAAGAAAGGAAUUAUGGUUUUUGCUUUGCCAGGAGAGCCUGGACUGACAGAAUUAUCUGGUGACUUUAAAGUCCAUUUUCAUGAUCGCCAGGGAGAUUUCUAUUUUUGGUUAAACACGACAAUGGUAGAAAAUAGAAAGAUCUUAAAUACCGGUGAUAUGGAUGGAUUUGACAAGAGGAAGCUGCCUUCCCCUGGUUUCCAAGUUGAGAUUGUUCUUGUUGACUAUGAUGGGACUCCUCCAUCUCCAACACCUCAGCCUGAAACUGUAGUUCAGAAGCCCGAUGAGAAGCCCGGUAUCCCUUCUGAAACAGUAAAUGAGGUAUCCUCUGCUUCAGAAGCUGUCAAAGAGUCUCAAAGUCAAGCCCAAAGUGAAGAGCAAGACAAAGAUGAUGUGUUUUCAGACGAUGAGGCCGAUGAUGGAACAGGUUCUUCCAGGAAUAGAAAGACUGAAGAAGCAGCUUCAUCAGUAGAAGCCAAAAAAUCAACCGCCCCUCACUCUGAAACAAAAAAGGGUUCAGAUGAGAAAGUGGAUGGUUUGACCCGUGAAGUUGAAAAAGUAUCGGUUAGUAAAGGAGGGUCAACAGAGGGCCAGUCAGUAAACGGGUCUAAAACCCAGGCAGCUAUUGGAGCUGGAGCUGGAGCUGGAGCUGGAGCUGGAGCUGGAGCUGGAGCUGGAGCUUCCAACUCUGAAGGGGUUAGUGAUUUCAAGGCAAUGGCAGCUGAUGCUUCUGUAUUUUCCUUUGGUGAUGAUGAAGAUGAUGAAAGCGACUGAGAAUGGUGUCAUGUUACUACAUUGCUUUAAUUUCAGCAAUCUGUACAUAAAAGAAUUCAUACAAUAGCAAAAACACUUGUUGGUUUAAGGAUGAUCCUGCCCUAUUCAUUUUAUGUUCAUGUUACAUUGGAAUGUCAUUUCUUUUUGUGACUUACCCGUUGUGAAUUGUGGAUAAAGGAUUAAAGGUUAGCGGUGUAGUUUAUACUUUUUUUUUUUUUGUGUGAAUGCGCGCUUGUAAUCUGUGGCUUGUCUAUUGAUGAUUUUUCUUUAGGAACAAAUCAAACCAUUAUAUGUAUCAAUAUUUUUAAGGACU